AUGGAUACUCGGCCAGCUCGUCAAUUAGCAAGAAGUUGUGAUAAAGAAUGUUCUUAUAAGAAUAAAUCAGCCGAACCUUCAGUUCACGUCCACCAUCCAACGUUUAUAGGAGGAGGAACUGAUCCAGUUGACAAGCUCAGCGCUUUCUUCAAAGAUCCCUCUGGCGUAAAGGUAACAAAAUUUAUUGAGAAACUUUGGGAAUUAAGUGAAGACUCUAAAAAAACAUUCGAUGAGAAGGUUAGAGUAUUUAACCUUUGCAAUAAUGACACUGACGAAUCAACUUACGAAGAAUCAGCUUCUGAUACUGAGGAUAAUAUAAAUGGGAAGGAUCCCCCAAAAUUGACAAGACGGCUUUUUGUAAGGCCUAUUAUGCUAUCCCAAACUCUAGCAAAGUUGCAGUUGAGCACAGGCAGGAUAGUGGAAGACGUUCUUUUUGAAUUUGCUAAAGACAUGGACUAUGAACAGAGCAUGAGAAAGGAUAUAAAA